AUGUCACAAGCCUCUGUAAACCACACUCAGAGCAGACGAGGUCUCCAAUCCAGAUUAAGUUUAAGGACCAAUAUGUACAAUAGGCUGGGCCCAAGACGUAACAUCCACGCCUGCCUAGGUCCACAGGGAAAUGUUCAUGAAAGGCUAGGCUCCCAUGGACGUCAACCUAACAACCAUCGCAAUGAGGAUUGUGAAGAAAGGAGCUCUGCUGCCCGCUCGCAGAGAAAUGUUCACGAAAGGAUAGACCCUCAGGGAGGUCAACUAGAUAACCCUCACAAUCAGGACUGUGAAGAAAGGCGCUUCACUGCUUUCUCUCAAAGAACCAAUUCUCAUCACCAAGCUAUCGAAAAUCCUUCACAAGCGAUGUCCACCAAUACACCUUCUAGGCAGCGCAGCCGAGAAGGUCGAACCUUGCGAACCAACGAGGAAGCCAAUCAGUGUCACCCAAAUCACGAAGGUCACCAACAUGACUGA